AUGGCUCUCGCUGUAAUGAAACCUGUUAAACCUGGUUUAGAGGAACCCCACGACCAAAUUCAUUGUAUCCGGAUUACUCUUUCUUCAAAGAACGUCAAGAAUCUUGAAAAAGUGUGUUUUGUUCUUAUUCAGGGCGCUAAGGAUAAGAGCUUGAGGGUUAAGGGACCGGUGAGGAUACCAACCAAAGUUCUCGGUAUUACCACUAGAAAAUCUCCAAGUGGUGAAGGAACGAACACCUGGGAUAGGUUUGAGCUCCGCAUCCACAAGCGAGUGAUUGAUCUUUUUACCUCUGCUGAUGUGGUGAAGCAGAUUACUUCCAUCACCAUUGAGCUUGGUGUUGAGGUUGAAGUUACAAUUGCAGACUGA